UUUACGCUCCCAGACUCCCGCCACCUCCCUCUCCACUCCCCGACGAUUUAAGAACAGCGUGAAAAAACUAGCCAAGUGGCUUGGGUGGUUUCGCGGGGCCUUAUGGCUGCUUCUGGGACGCUGAGCACUUUCCGCCUUCCGCCGUUGCCCACGAUUCGAGAAAUCAUUAAGUUGUUCAGGCUGCAAGCGGUGAAGCAGCUAUCCCAGAAUUUUCUCCUGGACUUGAGGCUGACAGAUAAAAUUGUAAGGAAAGCUGGCGAUCUGACAAAUGCUUAUGUUUAUGAAGUGGGCCCUGGGCCAGGGGGAAUCACAAGAUCCAUUCUCAAUGCCAAUGUUACUGAACUUCUGGUGGUUGAAAAGGAUAGUCGAUUUAUUCCUGGAUUACAGAUGCUUUCCGAUGCAGCACCUGGAAAACUGAGAAUUGUCCAUGGUGAUGUGUUGACAUAUAAGAUAGAAAGGGCUUUUCCAGAAAGUCUUAAAAGACAGUGGGAAGAUGAUCCUCCAAAUGUACAUAUUAUUGGAAAUCUGCCUUUUAGCGUAUCAACUCCACUGAUUAUCAAGUGGCUUGAAAAUGUUUCUUGUAAGGAUGGACCUUUUGUUUAUGGCAGAACCCAGAUGACAUUGACUUUCCAAAAGGAAGUGGCAGAGAGACUUACAGCCAGUACAGGAAGCAAACAGCGCAGUCGCCUUUCUGUUAUGGCCCAGUACCUCUGCAACGUUCAGCACAUCUUGACCAUUCCGGGUCGGGCUUUUGUCCCUAAACCAGAGGUGGACGUGGGCGUGGUGCACUUCACGCCCCUGACACGGCCCAGGAUAGAGCAGCCAUUCAAGCUGGUGGAGAGAGUCGUGCAGAACGCAUUUCAGUUCCGAAGGAAAUACUGCUAUCGAGGCCUGGGGAUGUUAUUCCCUGAAGUUCAGCGCGUGGAAAGCACUGAGAAACUGUUAGAGUUGGCGGACGUGGACCCUACCCUUCGACCCAGCCAGCUCUCUGUCUCCCAUUUUAAGAGCCUCUGUGAUGUGUACCGGAAAAUGUGUGAUGAAGACCCACACCUCUUUACUUAUAAUUUCAGAGAAGAACUCAAGCAAAAUAAAAGCAAAAAUCAGGAAAGAGAGAACGACAAGGAGAGAUCCCGACGAUAGCUGCCGCUUCAGUGGCAAGCAGCUUUGCGGAUGUUGGUUUUCCCAAAGUUGAGCUGCUCAGAGGUACACUCUUUGGUCCACUUUGGAAGGACAAUAAAAAUACGAUGACCA